GGUCGGCGCGCGCAGCCUCCGACCCUUUUUUCUUGGUGCACCGGAAAGAGGCGGUCCUCUUUCUUUGCCUAGCGCAGCCAUGGCUCGUGGUCCCAAGAAGCAUCUGAAGCGUGUAGCAGCUCCAAAGCAUUGGAUGCUGGAUAAACUGACUGGUGUGUUUGCUCCUCGGCCAUCUACCGGUCCCCACAAGCUGAGAGAAUGUCUCCCUCUCAUCAUUUUCUUAAGGAACAGACUUAAGUAUGCUCUAACAGGAGAUGAAGUAAAGAAGAUCUGCAUGCAGCGGUUUAUUAAGAUUGAUGGCAAGGUCCGAACCGAUAUAACCUACCCUGCUGGCUUUAUGGAUGUCAUCAGCAUUGACAAGACUGGAGAGAACUUCCGCCUGAUCUAUGACACUAAGGGCCGCUUUGCAGUUCAUCGUAUUACUCCUGAGGAGGCCAAGUACAAGUUGUGCAAAGUGAGGAAGAUCUUUGUGGGCACAAAAGGAAUCCCUCAUCUGGUAACCCAUGAUGCUCGCACCAUCCGCUACCCUGAUCCCCUCAUCAAGGUGAACGACACCAUUCAGAUUGAUUUGGAGACAGGCAGAAUUACUGAUUUCAUCAAGUUUGACACUGGUAACUUGUGCAUGGUGACCGGCGGUGCUAACCUGGGAAGAAUUGGCGUAAUCACCAACAGGGAGAGGCACCCUGGUUCUUUUGACGUAGUUCAUGUGAAAGAUGCCAAUGGCAACAGUUUUGCCACCCGGCUCUCCAACAUUUUUGUAAUUGGCAAAGGCAACAAACCAUGGAUUUCCUUACCCCGUGGAAAGGGUAUCCGCCUCACCAUUGCUGAAGAGAGAGACAAGAGACUGGCGGCCAAACAGAGCAGUGGCUGAAAUGAGCUCUAGGUGACAUGAUUGGAAAAGUCUUUGUACUUAAUUAAAGAUAAUACAGCAUGA